AAGAAUUAUUGGCACGAGUGGACGAUUCCGAGCAGGAUGGACAUGAGUAGCGAGUCUAGCGCGGCUAGGUGGUACGAACCCCCUAGAUCCACGCUGGAACCGCCCUCGGGAGGUGCUGGAGUCGCUGGUGUCGUUGGCAAUCCCACAGACUAUAGGGGCUACUACACACACGCUGGGCCAACCGCGCAUCAUCCCGCCGCCGCGGCAGCCGCGCAUUAUGCACACACAAGGAUGUCGAGCAGCGGCGUGACGAGCGGCCCGGUGAGUCAAGUCUGUCGACCGCACUUUCACAGUUCGGUGCUGCACCCUUGGCUCUCCGGCAGCGGGGCGGACACCUCGAAGACACCAUGGGGAUUCCCGACGACGACGGGCUCGACCGGCGGCUCGGUGAACGACGACAAACCCCAGAGUCCGUUGGGUUCGUCUUUGCCACCCAGCACCGGAAGCUUGUCGAGUCACGGAGGAGCCGGUGCAGGUCACCAUCUGUUCUCCUUUCCACCGACGCCCCCAAAGGACGCAACCCCCGACAGUAUCACCGCUAGCACAACGUCCAGCACGAACAACAACAACAACAACAGCGCGAACAACAACAACAACUCUAGCAAUCCCCUGUCCGGUUUGGGCGGAGGCGCUAGCAGCGAGUACCAAGCGGCGGUGGCACACGCUGCGGUUAUGGGCGCGUUCAUGCACCAUCAGGACGCUCUGGGCGGCUCUGGAGCAAGUUCAUGCGACGUGAAACCCAGCGUGAUGCUUGGACAUCAUCACGGCGCGCCGUCCCCGCCGCAUCAGCAGCACAACGGGACGACGAACGCCGGGAAUGGCGGGAACGGGACGAACGGGGGCGGUGGUAGCGGUCAGGUGAAGCAACGCGAAGGUAAUAACCAAUCGGGCAGCCAACAGCAACAGCAGCAACAAGAGGCUGCUGCGUAUCAGGGAAACGGUGGUGGUGGUGGUGGUGGCGGUGGUGGUGGUGGCGGUGGCAGCGGUGGAGGUGCCAGUUCACCGUCCUGUAGGGACAACUAUGCAGCCGCUGCUGCUGCCGCCGCCGCCGCAGCCGCGGCCGCGGCUGCCUCCAACACCCACCAUUCCGGAUCCCAGUACGAUCCGGCAACCAGCGCGUAUAACAUGUACCAGCACCUGCAGUAUCCUAGUAGCACCCACCACCAUCACCAUCACCAUCAUCACGGCGCCUCCUCGUCGUCUUCUUCGUCUUCGUCCCAUAAUCCGCACAACGGGACCGCCGCGGUCUCCGGUCUGUUCGGGCAUCAUGGCGGGCCCGGGGCCGCGGCUGGGAACGCGACCGGCGUGGCCGGCGGCGUUAACGUCGACUCGAAGUUGUUGGUCGGUCACGCGCACGCAAACACGCCGAGUUCGCCGUCCGCGCAGCAGCAGCAGCAGCAGCAAAAGCCCAGGAACAAGUCGAGGACGUCCGCCGAGGGUCGCGAGUGCGUGAACUGUGGCGCAACCUCGACGCCACUUUGGAGACGGGAUGGUACCGGCCACUAUCUGUGCAACGCCUGUGGACUUUAUUACAAGAUGAACGGCCAGAAUCGACCCCUCAUCAAGCCGAAACGACGACUGUCGCUGCAGAGUGCGGCGAGACGGGCGGGCACCAGCUGCGCCAACUGCAAGACCGCGACCACCACGCUCUGGCGGAGGAAUCAGGCCGGCGAGCCAGUCUGCAACGCGUGCGGCCUCUACUACAAACUUCACAACGUGAAUCGGCCGCUGACGAUGAAAAAGGAGGGCAUUCAGACGAGGAACCGAAAGCUCUCGUCGAAGAGCAAGAAGAAGAAGGCCGGUGGCUGCCUGGGCUUGGGCGGUGUUAUGGGCGAUAUGAUCAAGGCCAGCGGUCAUCUGGAUCUCGAUAACAAGCCUUUCCAUUCCGGCUUCGGCUCGCCGAUGAGUACGUCGCAGCAUCAUCACACGAUGCAUCCGGCGAUGCAGCAUUACAUGUAUCACACGGGUGUCGGCGUGGCCGGAGGUCUUCAUCAAGGUUUUGCGCCACCAGCGCCGCCCCCCAUCCACCCGCACUCGCACUCGCACUCGCAUUCCCAUUCUCAUCACAUGACGAGUCUUCAGGGUCUCCAGCUGACCGGUUGGCGAUCGGAGUACACAUGA